AUGGCUCCUAUCUUAUUAUCAUUAGCGCACUUUUGUGAUAAACACGGACCUAAAGUAAUUUUAGUGACUCAGGCCGGUGAUAUUGACGAUCCUACAGGUGAUAUAUUAUUAGUUCCAAAUUAUCCGACAGAUUCUUACUGCGAAUCAUGUAUAUUACAUUUUCCUAAUGAGGAUACAGAUGGCGUUCGCUCCAUGAGAAGUUUUAUGAGUGAUAUACCAUACGUUACUACUCAAUACUCUACGAUACGGUAUCAAUUAUUAAGUUAUAUUACUAAAAAAGCGUUUUCUGAAGAGAGUAUGAUAUAUGAUGGAAGUCCUUUAGUGUUCUUUGAUGAUACACGUGGAUUGAAUUUGGUUAUUGGGUUUAAAUUAUAUGACGAGAAUGCAAGAGGUAAUGAAAGACGAUAUUCAUUUAUUUUUACAGUGGACUCUAAGGAUCAAGAUACUGCGACAAAAAUUUUAGCAGAUCACUGGAUCUUUAUUACUAGUAGCUUUAAUAAAAUGAUCGAUCAUAUAAAAUUUAGACAUAAACAAAAAUUAAAUCAAUUAAGGAAAGAUUCCACUGGAAAUCCAUUUAUAAGUAGUAAUUUUUUGAAAGUUAAUAAAUUAAAGACUGCAACAAAUUUACUUGAAUUAACGAAUGACCCAAUGUUAUUUAUUAGGAUUCAUAAAUGGAAUUCGUUUGUCAUUAAUUCUCUUAUAACUGCACCUCGCCGUUAA